GGUACGCUAGUAGCCUGGGGCCAGAAGCAUUUCGGCGUGACCAUCGUAGACACUGGCACGACGUUCACGUACUUCCCCAGCGCCCUCUACAAAGGCAUCCUCGAGAACAUCGCGGCCUUCUGUGCCACUCGAGACGGCUGCGGUGCGAGGAAGAGUGACCGCCCGAGCCGCGAAGGCUCCGAGUGCUGGGAGGUGCUGGAUGCGAGCCAGGGGCCCGCGAGCUUCCCCUCCAUCCGCGUGUCGUUCGACGUGGACUCGAGGUUCGACUGGUAUCCGUCGGAGUACCUUCAGGAGAGCGCAAUGACAACGGCCUCUGGUGCCUGA